CCUAUAUGUUUUUCGAAGGCACGCCAUUCGUCUUACCUUAUGGGUGAGUAUGAGGUGGUUAAAAGAUUUGAGGCAAUUUCUGAAGUGAAAUGUUUGCGAACCUUCUUGCCACUGAGAAAGGGUUCUCCCUACAAUUAUUUAGGUCGUCAGGUUACCUUUGAUUUAUUGCCAAAAUUGCAAUACUUGCGGGUGCUCUCUUUUAAUGGCUAUAGAAUAACUGAGCUGCCAAACUCAAUUGGUGAUUUGAGAUAUCUACGGUAUCUUGACCUUUCCUACACAGCUAUAACUAGUUUGCCUAAAUCGACAAGUACUCUUUACAACCUGCAGACAUUGAUAUUGGAAGGCUGUUCAGAUUUGAAGUCAUUGCCUGCAGACAUGAGUAAUCUAGCUAAUUUACGCCAUCUCAACAACUCAGAUGUGUCUUCGUUGGAAGGAAUGCCUCCAAAACUAGGUAGAUUGGUGAAUCUCCAAUCUUUGCCUAAUUUUGUGGUCAGUGCUGGAAGUGAUCAAUCAGGAAUAAGAGAGAUAGGGCCCCUAUCGCAUCUCCAAGGGACAUUGUGCAUCUCAAGAUUGGAGAAUGUGACUGAUGUCGAGGAUGCUCAGUGGGCCAACUUAAAAUACAAGGUGAGGCUUGAUUCGUUGGUCCUAAAAUGGUCACAUUCAAGCGACACAAGAGAAAUGGAAUCUACUGUGCUUGACAUGUUAGAGCCUCAUAGAGAGAUCAAGGAGCUCACCAUCAAGAGUUAUGCCGGGAAGAAAUUUUCAUCAUGGGUUGGAGGUCAUUUGUUCUCUAAUAUGGGGCUUGUGCGCUUAGAGGAAUGUAACAAUUGUUUGUCGUUGCCACCUCUCGAACAAUUGCCUCAACUCAAAGAACUUUAUAUUAGGGGAAUGAAUGCAGUGGAAAGGGUUGGUGCUGAGUUUUAUGGAGAGCGUAACUUGCCUUUUCGGGUAUUAGAGACUCUUGAUUUUGUGGAAUUGCAGCAUUGGAAGGAAUGGCUUCCUUUCUUACUGGAUCACGAAAGUGGUGCUUUCCCUUGCCUGAAAAGGAUGUCAAUAACAAAAUGUUCUAAACUGGAGGGUAAGCUGCCAGAGAACCUCAAUUCUUUAGCGAAGCUUGAAAUUGUUAAAUGUGAAGAAUUAGUGGUUUCAAUUGCCAACUACAAACAACUUCGUCAGUUAAACAUUGACGGUUGUAAAGUGUUGGUGCAUACAGCUGGUAAGGUUGAGUUUGAGUUAUUAGAGUCCUUGUGGCUUUCAAACAUUUCGGAGGUGAUGUAUCUGGAAACAGGGGAAUUGUUCAAGAAGGGAUUAACCAAGGUUAGUGAUUUGAUGAUUAAUGGAUGUGAGGAGGUGACGUCUUCAUUGAAGAAUGAGGGUAGAUUAUUGCAGCAGUUGACUUCUCUUAAUAGUUUGGAAAUUGAAGACAACUAUCGUCUAGUUGAAGAAUUGGGAAAAGAAGCAGAGGAGUUGCAAAUAUUGGAGGGCAGGCUUGAAUAUCUAAAGUUAAAAAAGUGCGAAAAUCUUUUGAAGCUACCAAAAGGAUUAAAUCAGCUGUCGUCUCUUCAAGAGCUUCGCAUACACGAAUGUUCACGUCUAGUUUCUUUCCCAGAUGUAGGUCUGCCACCUUCUCUUGAAAACGUCGAGAUUAGAGAGUGCCAUUCGUUGAUAUAUUUUGCAAAAUUCCAGAUUCCCCAAAAUCUCAAAAGAAUAGAGAUAAGAAAGUGCAAAAGUUUGAAAUCACUAGUGGAUGAGGAGGCUGUUGGUUCUUCUUGGUCGUCUUCUUCUCAUAUUUGUCUUGAGUACUUGAAGAUCGAAGGAUGUGAAUCUCUGACGUCGUUAUCAUUGAGUGGCCAGCUUCUCAGGACACUUAAACACCUUGAGAUACUUGGUUGUGAACAACUGGAGCUAAUCGCAGAGGACGGGUUCUUCCACGACAACACUAAUUAUUGUCUUGAAUACAUUAAUCUCUGGAAGUGCCAAAAUCUGAAAUCCUUACCGGAUGGCUUAUGCCACCUCAGCAAUCUGAGAAAGCUAUAUAUUCAAGAUUGUGGAAGUCUUGUUUCUUUCCCAAGACUGAGUGGGGGGAGACUACCCUCCAACCUGAGAGAGAUCCAGAUCACCAGUUGCGAGAAAUUGGAGGCGUUGCCUGAAGACAUGCACAAUCUUAACUCUCUUGAGGAAUUGAGGAUCGAGUACCGUGAAGGUUUGACCUUUCCUCCCAACCUCACGUUUCUUGAAAUUUGGAAGGUAAAGAGCUGUAAGUCAUUGUGGGAGUUGGAGUGGGGGUUGCACAGACUCACCUCUCUUAGAUACUUGUGGAUCGGAGGUGAAGACCUAGAUACGGUGUCGUUUCCACCCGACAUGGUCCGGAUGGAGACGCUCAUUCCCAAAUCUCUUACUCACCUCACAAUAAAAGGCUUCCCGAAUCUGAAGAAACUGAGCAGUAAGGGCUUUCAAUUCCUCACCUCCCUUCAAUCUCUGCAUCUCUGGAAUUGUCCAAAGCUAGCAUCCAUUCCAGAGGAGGGUCUGCCUCCUUCACUAGAGCGACUUACCAUCUCUGAGUGUCCAAUGCUAAAAGAGAGAUGCCAACCAGGAAAAGGACGCUACUGGCACAAAAUAUCCCACAUCCCUAAAAUACAGAUAGAUUGACAGCCGAUUUGAAGCUGAUAGUUGAUUCGAUCCCAUUCUCUAUUUCUGGGCCAAGGUUUCUUCUCUCGCGUUCCUCGCAACACUAGUUUAUUUGGAGCCCAUGGGAUCUCAGAUCGAGUUGAGUGAGCAGGAUAGUUUUGUUGAAUUUGAAUAUGAUUUCCUGGCCUGGGGGCAGAGGACUGGAAAAACUGGGAAUCUGGUGAGGUGGGAAAAAAAAUGCAUGAAAUCGUUUGAUCUUGAAGGGACCAUUUGGAUCUCCACAUGGCCAAUCCUUGGAUUUGAUUGGUUCUGGUGAUACAAAAGCCUGAGCUUGACGGGUUCGUUUUGCAAACAGAUGAUGAACCAACUAGCAUUGCUGGAAAGGGAAAUAGCUUUGACGAGUGAGGAUAGUCAUAGUUGCUCGAGAAAGAAACUUUAUGAUAUUGGUCAGGCGUUUUUUGGAAGGUCAAGAGGGUGUGGAUAUGAGGACCAUAUAAGUUGCAUAAUUUUCCACAUCUCUACCAGUCUCUUCCAACUGGGCUUCUAGAGGGUGUGGAUAUGAGGACCAUGAAUGGUGCUGUCAAGCAAUUAGAGGAUGGUCUGAAACUUGAGCGGUCAAGAAUGGAGCAGGAGAAUAUGAAGCAGUUGGAGCUGCGGAAAAAAGGAAAGAAGAAGAGAGGAAGAAAAAAGAGGCUGAUAUGGCAUCAAAGAAGAGACAAAGGGAAUAGGAAGAAAGGAAGGAGAAGGAAAGAAAAAGAAUGCAUGUUGAAGCUCGUAGACAGCGGAGAGAACAUGAAGACAAGUUACCUGCUGAAAAACUAGAGAAAGAAAUGAAAAACCACUCCACUGAUGGAAGAAGCCCUGGCGGUAAGAAAUUUAAAAUGGACAAAGAAAGGGGAUUUGACAAUUCCAGAAAUAGUUUGGAGACUGAGCCUAGUACUUCAAGGAUUUCAAUAAGCAAUGCCGGAAGAGAAAAUAUUAUCCACGAAAAGUUCCAUGAGGCCUCGAGUAGUUAUGGAUAUAAAGCAGAGGUACCUAGCAAUUUAGACAGAGAAAUGGAGAAUUCACUUGGCAUUACAAGUCAAGUGCAGUAUUAUGACAUCUCUGCAUACAAAGAAUCUGAUGAUGAAAAUGACGAUGACGAUAAUGUCAUACCAAAUAGUAAAUUUAUUCCUUCAUGGUUAAGUAAAAACUGCCUGGCUUUUGCCGUUUCUAGCCAGAAUAGAGCAGAUCCAAAGACGAUAUUCGCCCCCCCCCCCCCCCCCCCAGAAAGCUUUUGCUGCAUCUCUGAAGUCCUCUUGCCCGAAAAGCAUCAAUUAAACAACAGCGGAAUGUGCUAAACUCUAUUCAGUAUAUUCCUCAGUAAUAAGAGCUUUUGAUCAUGAAGAGAUUUUCAAAGUCUAUUUGUGAACAGUUUCUUGAGCAGGCAACACCCUUCCAAGCCGAAAUGUAGCUGAAACGUCUAGAACUUUUUUUUUUAAUUUUUUAAUUUUUUAUAUAUAGGAGUCUGUUGUAACUUAUCUCAGAUAAUUUGCAGUGUGAUUGUAGUUAAGAAGAGUAACAAGUUCCAUUGGCAGAAGGGCAAUUGCAUGAGCUAUUGAGUAAUUUGGUCAGCAUCUCCUGCUGCCUUGAUUUUUCUUUGGCGCCGCCACUUUGGUCGGCAUUGGUUUCAGUUUUACUUUUAGCCUCAUUCUCCUGAAGGAUGAUAAGAGAAGGCUAGAAAAGUAUGUAUUUUGGUAUGGAGGUGUUGUAAGAUUAUGGAUAUAUAGCAAUUUAUUGCCAUUAUUUUUCCUCUUUCGGUCAAUUUGCUUAUUCACGAUCAUACACCAAAAGAUUGAACAACGAAUCAUAUACUUCUUUUCCAAAAAUUAAAGCUUGCAACUCUUGGAACAUAUAUAAAUUUCUUACACCAAUGGAGGCCUCGGAACCCCGCAGCAGGAAACUGGAGGUGGAGGAGUAGCAGGCAACAGUCAUUGAUCAUCAGAAAGAAACUGAUGGUGAAAAACUAAUUUUAGGACCACAUCCACUUAAGACAAGACGGCAGUGAUAGGAAUGAAUCUGUCGGAAUUGAUGGUUGGGUUUUACUGAAUACUUGAUGGACGAUAUUAAUGAGGACGAGAUGCUGAUCAUGGUACGGACGCGGACAUAAGUGGUCAUCUGAACACAGAAUUUCCUUGUCGUUCCCACUUUUCAUGAGAAUAAACAUAAGGAACCUAUUAAGUUCCCUAAUAGGUUCCUUAUGUUCUGGCUCGACAAUCUCAGGAACUUGGCCUUUGAUGUGGAAGGGCUUUCAAUUCCUCACCUCCCUUCAAUCUCUGCAACUCUCUAGAUGUCCAAAGCUAGCAUCCAUUCCAGAGGAGGGUCUGCCUUCUUCACUUAGUCAGCUUCGCAUCUGUGGGUGUCUUAUGCUAAAAGAGAGAUGCCAACCAGGAAAAGGACAAGAAUGGAGCAGGAGAAAAUGAAGCAGUUGGAGCUGCAGAAAAAAAAAAAAAAAAAAAAAGAAGAGAGGAAGAAAAAAGAAGCUGAUACGGGAUCAAAGAAGAGACAAAGGGAAGGGGAAGAAAGGAAGGAGACGGAAAGAAAAAGAAUGCGUGUUGAAGCCCGUAGACAGCAGAGAGAACAUGAAUACAAGUUACCUGCUGAAAAAGUAGAGAAUGAAAUGAAAAGCCAGGCCAUUGAUGGAAGAGGCCCUGGCGGUAAGAAAUCUAAGGAUGAAAUGGCAAAUAAGAAAAUGGAGGCAGAAAGGGGAUUUGACAAUUCCAGAAAUAUUUCGGAGACUGAGCCUUGUACUUCCAGGAUUUCAAUAAGCAACGCCGGAAGAGAAAGUAUUGUCCACGAAGAGUUCCAUGAGGCAAGUAAUUAUGGGUAUAAAGCAGAGGUACCGAGCGAUUUAGACAAAGAAAUGGAGAUCAAUUGGCAUUACAGGUCAAGAGCAGUCUUAUGACAUCUCUCCAUACAAAGAAUCAGAUGAUGAAAAUGACGAUGAUGACAAUGUCAUACCAAAUAGGAAAUUUAUUCCUUCAUGGUCAAG